AUGGCCUCAACAUUUGGCGACAAUAGCACUGUACUUGGCGACAGGAAACUCCAUGAUGAAAUAAUGAUCGCCAAAGGGGAAUAUUCUCCCGACUCGAAAGCAGAAGCAGUUUCCGGCAAGCCUCACGCAAGCGCCUUUACAACAGUCGACUAUACUGUAGAAGAGCGCCCAUUUUUUAUACCCAUUCGAAAGGAUGGUGUCAUAGCUGCGUUGGAAAAGCUUGACCAACAACUUCAAAAUGCCGGAAGGACGCGAUUGUUCUCAAAAAAGGUUCCUACGGACUGGACAGGCAAGGAAGUAGUGCCUGGUCAAUUAGGACUCAUCAAUCAUGGUGGUUCUCCCAAAGUCCUCACGAAGCCAGGUCGUUAUCCCGGAUUCCCACUGCGAAAUUGGUGGGCGCGUUCAUGGUGCGGAACUCAGGGAUUAUCCGACACAGUCAUCGAAUUUCACGGACUCACAGUCGUCCAAGUUUCCCAGAAUCAAGCUGCUGUCGUCUCCGACCCGCAAAACCAUGUAUUCGUGAUAAAGAACGGCGGAUUUGUCGCGUAUGCGAUUGAAGGAACUUACGAUGUUCUCUCUAUUGUCGAUCAGACACAUUUACCAACUAUCAUUAAGGAUAAGUUGACAGGCGUUGUCCUUGGAUCUACCCAUGAAGUCAAGAUGAACAGCAAGGUGUCCGGCGGACAGCAAAAGGAAUAUGUUGUCGCCACCUUUUUGAAUAUUCCCGCCAGCAACUGUGCUAUUCUUCAGCGCGGGGACGAUCUUGAGCUUCUAGGGGCUGGUCAAUCUGUUAUCACCAAUCCUAGUGUCACUCUACGCGGUUUGUACACAUUAGGAGAGAAUCAAUUGGAAAUGCCCACCAAAGACAUAUUUACGCGCGACCAAGUACCGGUCAGCUUGACCAUUUACCUGAAAUGGCAGUUGACAGAGCCACUUAAAUUGACAACCCAUGGAUACAAUACUCCAUACGAUGCUCUAAGGGACAAAACCCAGUCGAUUUUGACGCAAAUCGUAGCACAUCUCGAUUAUUCGUCUAUGGUCAAACAACGAUCAUUGGGCCCUGACAAUAUGGACGAUGGAUCGGACCCAUCAUCUGCUUUCCUCGACGCAUUGCGAACCCGGGCGAUGGAUGACAUGCACGAAGCAGCGCUGGAAUACGGCAUUAUUCUUAAGGAUCUUGCUGUCAUUGAUCGACAGUUCAAGGGUGAAAUUGCUGCGACUAUGGAUAAACUUACCACACGUGCAUUACAAGCACAGGUCGAGGCCGCCAACGUAGACAGGGAAAAUAGCAACAAGGUCAAGCAGGAAGAGGGAGCUUUGUCAGUCACGAGGAUUAAAGCACAAGCAGCCAACGCGCAAGCUGACGCCGAAGCAUACCGAGUCAUUGCGGCUGCCAAAGCUCAAGCACAGAAGGUUCGAAUUGAAGCGGAAGCGCAGGCCGAAGCGACGCGUAUGGCUGCUGAGGCCGAAGCAGAAGCUAUCCGCCUCAAGGCUAAAGCUGACGCAGAGGUCAUUGAUCAGUUUGCCCGAGAAAUGGAGUUACGACGUAUUGAAGUGGCCAGGGUGCAGGCCUUUGGUUCGAGGGCCGUAUUUGUGCCCAGUGAAAGUGCUGGUUCACAGAUGGGUAAUGCAAUGGCACUAGGGAUGGCCGCAUCGAUGGGUGCGAAUGCGAUCAAAAAAUAG